UGCUGUCUACCUAGCAACCAUAUCUCCCUGCAAUCUGCCCACGACUCGGAGGACCUGCCUUGGUUACCAAAUACAACCCAUCUGCCUUCCUCAGCGGCUCCAAGAACCUCUCGGCUUGCCAAGGCUCCAGAUUGCUCUGUGUUUUUUAGCUGGCUUGCAGAGAGCUGAGCUUGGCACCAGCCCCUCCAGUCGAGGAUCGCAUCUCUCCAGUACGAGAACAACUUGGGUCUGGGUCUGCUGACUUCCCAAGGGCAGAGCUUGAAAUCCGAGCUAAGGCAGUGGAGGGCCCCAGAGCCUAAAGACGCAGUUCAAGACCCAGAACCUGCUCUGGAGAGAUGACUGCUGCUUAAAAUCAUCACUGAUAUCAUGUACCAUUAUGGCUUUGUGCCCUCGGAGUGUUACCCGAGCAGGAUCCAGCCCUAUCCCUAUGCCUACCUGCCCCCUGGCCCUGGAAGGUUAGCUGACGUGCCAAGCUCAACGCCAUUCCCUCCCAUCCAGCUGCCCAGCUUCUACAGCCAGCCCUUCACCCUCGUGGUGGGCCGGAAUGGCUACCCUGAUGGUGCAGGAAACCAAGUCGAGUAUCAUCACAUCUACAGUCCCAACCCUUACUUCCACCCUUACCCCUUCUGGUCUAUCCCCCAAGUGACUGCUCCUUGGCCUUUGCACAACCCUUAUCCGACCUACAAUCCACACCAGGGCCCAGAGCAGGGGCAGGAUGGCUGGCCAGAGGGUUUCACCAUGAGAGCAGAACUUCAGUGGGGAAAACUAGGGAAGGUUUUUGGACCAAAGAGAGUGCUCCCAGAGUUUGUGAAGGAUGACCUCCGAAGGGUUUAUGGCACCUACCCGAAGACCGAUGUUACCAUAACCUACCGGAAUGGGGAAUUCCUGGUGAAAGGAGACCCCAAAGUGGGAGAACAGGAAUACAUGGUGGAAAAGAGAGUCAUCCAGCGGGCUCCAACCCCCUCAGCUAGUGAGGUUGAUGACAGCAGUGAAGACCAGGACCGGAACAGAAAGAAGAAAAAGAAAUCUAAGCCAUGAUGCCAGACUGCUGCUCCCACGUCCUUGUGGGCCAGAGAGCCAUUGACUGAUGACUUUGGAUUAGAGAGUCCUUGGAUAUUAGCACGAGCAGGAAACACCCAUCACUUUUUUUUUUUUUAAUUGCUUCUGACAAACAAAUGUCCCUGCCUUCUACAAACAUGCGAUGACGCUCAUAACCUCACUGAGUGACACGGUGCAUGUUCACCCUUGUCUUCCUUCCUUCGAAAAUGAGCUCACUCCACUAGCAUCUAAGGGAUCAGGCAGAAGAUCCUCCAGCUGGGAAUAAGAAUUCGGGCUCUUCCAUUUGCAUGACCAAACGUAGUCACAAACUGCUUUCUAGACACGGGAUUUGGCAAGUCUCUCUCGCCAAAGCCACUGAAAUGGCCUCCUUGCGGCAGUCCUCUGCAAGGAUGAAUUGACCAAGACAAGUGUUCCUCCAUCUCCAGACUAGUGCAGGUUGGCAGAGGACAGUGGUGAAUGUAUCUUUGUUUUAAACACUGCACCCGGUCGUGUUUCUGCUCACAGUCAUUACUAUUUUAUUAGUUGUAGGUGGCUCCGACACCAUGAACUCUUCAUUACUGCCUGGAAAUAACUGGCCUCUACUUGUUUUUGCACGUGGUGAGACCUGCCCAGGCAUCCCCAUUCUGGGAAUAAAAACGUACCGCUCCUUCCACCACCACCACAAAGAGCCGGACUUGGUACCAAGUGACCGCAGCCAUCGGCGAGUGCUCGUUGACACAGCCGGGGCUGGAGUUCACAAGCUCUACUAACGUACUUCAGCUGUCACUACUGUUGUAUGCAUGUAGCAUGUACUCUCUAUCCUCUGGUUUGAAAAGGAGAUGGCUGGGCUGCAGGGUGCACUGUGAUGCAGAGGGCCUGUGGGCCAUACUAGACCUGUCUGAAAAGAUCUGCAGCUUUUUAGAUAAUAAAAAAUGCAAAUAGAC